AUGAGCAAAGCGCACCCUUCCAAACUGAAGAAGUUUAUGGACAAGAAGUUAUCAUUGAAGUUAAACAGUGGCAGGCAUGUCCAAGGAAUACUGUGGGGCUUUGAUCCCUUUAUGAACCUUGUGAUUGAUGAGUGUGUGGAGAUGGGAACCAGAGGGCAGCAGAAGAACAUCAGCACGGUAGUCAUCCGAGGAAACAGCAUCACCCUGUUAGAAGCCUUGGAAAGAGUCUAG